AUGGCGCAAGCGGCGCAGGACUCGCUCUCCGACGAAGCUUUGCUUCCCCUCAAAACCUACAAAUAUUCUAGCGUGGACAAGUCAUAUAUUUCGAAUUAUAUUCUCAGGCAUUAUUGGAAUGCCGCUGUCGAGCUCUUACCGUUAUCCAUCGCACCUAACAUGGUCACCCUGCUAGGGUUCUUUUUCAUCAUUAUCAACGUUGCUUUUGUCACAAUCUUCGUGCCUGAUCUGGUUGGACCGGGGCCCACCUGGGUAUACUACAGUUUCGCGCUUGGAGUAUGGAUGUAUUCGACAUUUGACAAUAUCGACGGGAAGCAAGCCCGUCGUACAGGCACAUCGAGUGGACUGGGAGAAUUGUUUGACCAUGGAAUCGACUCGCUGAACUGCACCCUUGCCAGCGUACUUCACACCGCUGCAAUGGGUCUGGGAUCUACACAAAUCGGUGCCUUCACAGCUCUGAUUCCUUGCUUGCCAAUGUUUUUCUCGACAUGGGAGACAUACCAUACGCAUACACUAUAUCUCGGAUACUUCAACGGGCCUACCGAAGGAUUAAUUAUUGCAAUUAUAAUCAUGAUCCUUUCCGGAAUUUACGGUCCUCAAAUCUGGCGUGGCCAAGUUGCGGAUGUCUUUGGACACGAGGAGCUAUUUGGAACCCAUUCAUUCUUGGACUACUGGGUGGCCAUUGUGUUUGGAUCGUUCAUGAUCGCGCACUUGCCAGCAUGUGUCUACAACGUUGUUCGGGCCCGCCGUCGCCAGGGUCUACCAGUAUUGCCGGUGUUCAUGGAAUGGACAUCGAUUGUGAUCUUUACAGUUUCAGUGCUGGGAUGGCUGUGGUCCCCUUACUCAACCCUACUGGCCAAUAAUCAUUUGGUCCUUUUUUGCAUUGUCAUGUCCUUUGUCUUCGGCCGCAUGACCACCAAAAUCAUCCUAGCUCAUCUGAUCCGACAACCCUUCCCCUACUGGACGUCGAUGUUAGUUCCGUUGAUUGGCGGUGCCAUCCUCGCGAACUUGCCUUAUCUAGGAUUUCCAGCUGUUAGUGCCGGGUUUGAGCUUUGGUAUCUCCGUUUCUACCUCGUCUACGCGUUUGUGAUCUACAUGCACUGGGCAUUUUUGGUGAUUAACCGAAUCACCACUUUCCUCAACAUCAACUGUUUGACAAUCAAGAAAGACAAAUCCGGUGCAAAGGACCAUGUUUACCGCAACUUUGGCGAACCCAGGAACAACAGCGAAAAAGUCGGCUUGAAGCAUCACUAA